AUGCUUCCCGGUGAGGUCUACCCCUCAUCGUGGCGCGUGGGUGACUCUGGUGUCGAACUGCGAGGUACAGCGGAGGCUUAUCCUCUAGCUGAAAAGAAGUUCGGUGUUGCCGGCUCCCUUGAUGUCCAGCUAAGAAUAGGCCAUGCCAGAAGCCUCAACGUCUGGCUGAUUAAGUUGGUAGAUGGUUCCCUGUUCAUAUAG